UGUUCGGUGACGAGGCAUCCACUCCCCUUUAAAUAAACUCUUACCAGUUCUGCUUUCUCAAUCUCCUCCCUCCUCUCUUCGAGGCGAUUCCCUAGGGCUUUUGUCGAGGUUGUGAGGUUACAGGAUUCUCCGCUAUGAAUCCAGAAUAUGACUAUCUUUUCAAGCUUUUGCUUAUUGGAGAUUCGGGGGUUGGCAAGUCAUGUCUUCUCUUAAGAUUUGCGGAUGAUUCUUACUUGGAGAGCUACAUCAGCACAAUUGGAGUUGAUUUUAAAAUUCGCACUGUAGAGCAGGAUGGAAAAACCAUAAAGCUACAGAUAUGGGAUACUGCUGGGCAGGAGCGCUUCCGUACAAUUACUAGCAGUUAUUAUCGUGGUGCUCAUGGCAUAAUUGUCGUUUACGAUGUGACGGACCAAGAAAGCUUUAAUAAUGUGAAACAAUGGCUGAAUGAGAUCGACCGCUAUGCAACCGACAGUGUGAACAAGCUCUUAGUGGGCAACAAAUGUGAUUUGACAGAUGAAAGGGUGGUUGCCUAUGAAGCUGGCAAGGCCUUAGCGGACGAGGUUGGCAUCCCCUUUUUGGAGACGAGUGCCAAGGAUGCUACCAAUGUUGAACAAGCAUUCAUGAAAAUGACAUCGGAGAUAAAAAGCCGCAUGGCAAGCCAACCAACGGUGAAUGCCAGCAGGCCUGCGGCAACUGUGCAGAUGAGGGGGCAGCCAGUUGCUCAGAAGAGCAGCUGCUGUUCAUAGGCUCUUAGCCUGGAUUGAGCUGUGCUCGGCGCAUUUGAUGCUCAUUAUUACGGUUUUGGGUAAUUGCUGAUCAUAUCUGUAGAUAUUUGUUAAACCUUCAUGUUACCGUGUACUGUUACAUGGCAUCAAGAUUCUGAAUUCUGAAAAUUAUUACGUGCAGUAAUCUUUUCAAUAGUCCACUUAUUUGGUCAA